AUGGAUUCUGGUGAAUUAAAAUUCUUAAAUCUGGAAUCCUUCAUUCCACCCAUUGACAAGACUGAAAGAAUAAAAAUUAUGACAAAGCAGGAGUGGAAAAACAAAUCAGCUGUUACAGAGUUCAUCCUCCUGGGAUUUGGAAAUGGCCCUGAACUGGAUUAUUUUCUCUUCCUAAUGUUUCUGUCAAUCUACAUUCUGACCAUAUCUGGAAACAUCUUCAUCCUUGUGCUGAUGGUGUUUAGUCGGCACCUUCAUACCCCUAUGUACUUCUUUCUGGGCAACUUGGCCUCAGGUGUGUGCUCACUGCCUCCAUUUCUGUUGACCUUCUCAUCCUAUCUCUACAUCAUUAUCACACUCAUGAAAAUUCCUUCUGCUGUUAGAAGGAAAAAGGCCUUUUCCACUUGCUCCUCACAUCUUAUAGUGGUGAUUCUUUUUUACUGGUCAAUAUUAACUGUUUACGUACUUCCUCAUCGUGAUAUCAAAAUGUCUCCAAACAAAGUCUUCUCUGUUUUUUAUACCAUUCUCACUCCCUUGGUCAAUCCUCUCAUCUACAGUCUGCGAAACAAAGAGUUGUUAACUUUCAUUAAAUUGUUCAGUUUACUACAAUACCAAGGGAUAUGUUCUGUCUUCUGA